CUGAAUCUUUGUCUAUUUAUAUAAGCAAAAGGCCAAUUGACGUCUAUUUAUAUAAGCAAAAGGCCAAAUUCUUACUGUUAAACUUUUGUUAGAGAAAAAACGAAGAAAAAGUAAUCAUAAUGAAUUCAAAGUUUUUUGAAGAAAAGUACUUAGAUUAUGUAUUAGUUCCUUCAGGAUUAAUAUUGCUUGGUAUAUACCAUUUAUGGCUUCUGCACAUCAUUGUUCACCAUCCUACAAGAUCUGUCAUUGGUCUUAAUUCUAUCAGCCGCCAUCAAUGGGUUCUUUAUAUUAUGAGGGAUCCAGCAAAGAAUGGUAUUUUGGGUGUACAAACGAUUCGAAACAACCUAAUGGCAUCGACACUUCUAGCAACAAUUGCGAUAACACUGAGUUCAUUGAUCAGUGCUAUUGUGAGCAGUUCAAGCAAUCUGAACUACACAAUUCACACAACAAAGUAUUUAUCAGUCUUAAUAUGUUUUCUUGUAGCCUUUUUCUGCAAUAUGCAGACAACCAGAUACUAUGCACAUAUUAGUUUCUUGCUGAAUGUACCAUCACCAUCAACUGAAGGAAGGGAAGAAUUCAUUGAGUAUGUCUCCGAACAAUUGAAUCGUGGCUGCCUGUAUUGGUCUUUGGGAUUGCGAGCAUUCUACUUUGCUUUUCCUCUUCUGCUCUGGAUCUUCGGCGCCAUUGCAAUGUUUGCUUGUAGCUGUUUGAUGGCAAUUCUGCUUUAUUUCUUGGAUACUGCUAGUUCUUGCCCGAAGUAUAUUAACAAUAGUAACGCGAACAAAAAUACUCAGAAAUCGGAUGUUGAAUCAUUGGUAACAGAUUGGUCAGGCAACUCGAACCUCCAUUGCUCGCUACUAGGAAACAACAAGCCACAAUCUAUAAGUACUGAUAAUUUGUUCACUUCUGCGAGAUAGUACAUACCUUGAAUGCAAGCUCACAUAAGCAGCCUCCUGCGAAAAAUUCGAAGGAGCAUAACAAGUAAUUUGUAGCUUUGACAAGUAGUUUUAACUAUUAUUAGCUCAGAGUCUCAGAGUAAUAUGGCUACUGAUGAUUAUAGGCCAUAAUGCUCCGUAGUCUACUGUAUUGAAUGCAUAAAGUGAUCCGUUGAUGGUAUUGUUGUUUGUUCUGAUUUUCUCCAUCUAUUAUAUUAAAAAAAAAAAAAAAAAAAUUAUUUUGCUUUUUAUUGAUUUAUUACUCAAUUGCUUUUCUCUGUUUUUAUGUUGAUGGAUAUGAUGCAAAUAAUGCAAUGUUAUACGUACAAGUAUACAACUUCAUAGAAGAAAAUUUAUAGGAAAAAUUACUUUAAAUAAACCAACCUUUGCCCCGUUCUUCCAAAAUAAGCCAACCUUUGGAUUAUUCCAAAAUAAUACAACCUUUUACCCCCUUCUUUCCAUAUCAAACCCAAAUGUCUGGUUACCCAAACAACCGGUUAUCCAUUUCCUUCUCCUUCCUUCCACCAAUUGCUAUCAUCUUCCUCCAUUACCACCACCCAAAGCUCCUCCUCCAUUUUAUUUUCCCUUCUUUCUUUUGAAGUCGCCACUCAUCCUAACACCACCACCUUCACCAGACCGCCCCAAACAAACACUACUCCCUCAAAUAUCCACCAUCGACGCACCAUACACCACCAAAAUCUCCCCUGCUACUCCCUCACACACCAAACCCAAAAUCACCACCUCACAAAACCAUAACAACAUCCCCAUUCACAACACCACCAACACAACAACCCCACUCACUCACCAUCGCCAUCCACAAAACAUAGCCACGUAGCAGCCGCAAUAAUUGCACCAAAAAACAGCAUCACCCACCACCAAACAACUGCAACAAUCAUCAACCACCAAUCGGAGCAGCCGCCUCAAUUGUACACCAAGUUUAGCCAAUAGCCUCGUGGAGGGAUGGAUCUAUCCCAAUUAGGCUAGAUAUUCGUGGUGGCUGGAGGGUUGUUUGGUGGUGGUUGGAGGUAUGUAGUGGCCAGAGGUGUUGGUGGCGGUGGCCGGAGGUUUGUGGUGGUUAGAGGUGGUGUUGGUGGGAAAGUUAAAGGGGAGGUGAAGUGGCAGGGGCGGACCCACGUAAGGACAAGUGGGGAUCAAUGUCCCCUCACUUUCAAAAAAAAACUUAGAGAAUUUAAAAAAAAAAUAGAAAACAGAAAGGCAUCUCACAUGGGUAAGAAAGAAGGAAAGAAAAAAGGGAGGAAAAAAGGGGAGGAAAAAAAAGGAGGAAAGAGAAAAUUUUGAAAAUUAUAAAACCUAAGAGAGAGAAACUAGAUCUUUGCUUGACCACCGAGACCAGCGUUGCACGGCUGCACCGCACCACGCCACCACCGUCCACCGAGGCCCGCCGGACGCUGCCACUACAGCCAGCCCUGCUGCUCUGCCACCACAGGUCAGUUUUUUUUUUU